GAAAGUGACAUAUAUGGUUUUCUUGUUUCUUGUGUGUGUUACGUGUGGUAUUCAUACCAGUGUUAUUUUGCAGACAAUGGUACAUGGACUCAGCUGUGGUUGGUGUCAGACUAUCAUGAGCAUGGAUCACUCUUUGAUUACCUGAACAGGUAUACAGUAACAGUGGAAGGAAUGAUAAAAUUAGCUUUGUCCACUGCCAGUGGUCUUGCUCAUCUUCACAUGGAAAUUGUUGGCACACAAGGCAAACCAGCGAUUGCCCACAGAGAUUUGAAAUCAAAAAAUAUAUUGGUAAAAAAGAAUGGAACAUGCUGCAUUGCAGAUCUGGGAUUGGCAGUUAGACAUGAUUCAGCUACAGACACAAUUGAUAUUGCCCCAAACCACAGAGUGGGAACAAAAAGGUACAUGGCACCUGAAGUUCUAGACGAUUCCAUAAAUAUGAAACAUUUUGAGUCGUUCAAGCGAGCAGACAUCUAUGCAAUGGGACUAGUGUUUUGGGAAACAGCUCGACGAUGUUCAAUUGGUGGAAUCCAUGAAGAUUACCAGUUGCCAUACUAUGACCUCGUUCCUUCAGAUCCUUCUGUCGAAGAAAUGAGGAAAGUUGUGUGUGAGCAGAAGUUAAGGCCCAAUAUUCCAAACAGAUGGCAGAGCUGUGAGGCAUUACGAGUCAUGGCAAAAAUUAUGCGGGAAUGCUGGUACGCCAACGGCGCCGCUAGGCUAACAGCUUUGCGCAUUAAGAAGACACUAUCGCAGCUUAGUCAACAGGAGGGGAUAAAGAUGUAAUCCUGGAUUUGCUCCCGAAGAAUACUGCGGAGAUCCGGAUCUGCACCAGAGUGGCGUGUUAAGAAGGUUAAUUGUUCUACCUCACUGGGGGAACAGAAGGAUAUUGCUGCCUUGUAGUACUUCAUAGGAACGUCACUUACUAGGGGUUUCGUGGACGUGCUAAACAGUUGUGUUGGGUCCUUUCUGUGCACUAUGAGCCUCUUUCCCAGGUUACUUACAAAACGUUGUGUAGUCUAGUUUUAUUUUUAUUAACCUAUGAUUUUUUUUUUUUUUAAUUUGGAAAGUUGAUAGAUGGUCUUAACUUCUGGUUAACUCUGCUAAAAACAGGGGGUCACUUUUAAAAUAGAACUGAUUCACAAUAUUGUUCUAGAGUGCAUUGAUGGCUCUUUCAGCAACUUUAUUCCUGGCUGGUACAUGGAUUCCUCUGAACCACUGUCACAAUUCUUGGAUUCAGAUUUGGAGUGUACUGUUGGAGUAUACUUUGCUAGCUAUUAAGGUAGUAUAUCUUUUGGACUCUGGUUUACCAAUUGACCUCAUCCAGUUGUGGGAA